AUGUAUCAGCAGAAACCACCUAAGGUGGAUCCUUUAGAGAUCAGUGUUGGGGGAACUGUUGGUAAGAAAUCACACCUUGAAAGACCAUCAGUGAUUGAUGAACACGAGCCACCCAAGAGCAGAGAGAGGGUUUCAAUGGCCUCUUUACUGGACACCAUGAUGGCCUCCCUGGAUUUACAGAGCUCAGGUCCUUUUAACUCUCUUGAGGAGUUAUCUGCAGCAGCAGAAAGAGUGGAGGACCUGUUUUCAACCGCAGCCCCUCAGGAGUUGGCCAAAAUGGUCCAGCUCAUACUGACAGACAGAUUAAGUUCUCUGAACAUGUCAGUUCUACAGCGCUACCCUCACACCCUUUUUGCGGCUCAUAUCGGCGUGGGUAUCAGUGGUCAGGAAGGCAUGCAGGCCGUUCUGUCCAGCAAUUUCUCUUUCGCUCAGUUCCGCUUCCUGCAGCGCCUCCUGCUGGUGCAUGGCCGCUGGUCCUACCUGCGCAUGUGCAAGUUUCUGCGUUACUUCUUCUACAAAAACUUCACCUUCACCUUCGUCCACUUCUGGUACGCCUUCUUCUGCGGCUUCUCUGCCCAGACGGUUUAUGAUGAAGGCUUCAUUGCUCUCUACAGUUUGGUGUACACAUCCCUCCCAGUCUUGGGCAUGGCCCUGUUUGACCAAGAUGUUAAUGACGGCUGGAGUCUGGAGUUUCCUCAGCUGUAUGUUCCGGGUCAGCUGAGUCUGUACUUCAGUAAGACUGCGUUUAUGAAGUGCGCUCUGCACAGCUGCUACAGCUCACUGGUGCUGUUCUUCGUUCCCUACGCCACCGUGUACGACUCCAUGCGCAGCGACGGAAAGGAAGGAGCCGACUACCUAUCAUUCGCCCUGCUCACUCAGACCUGCCUCACCUUCACUGUGUGCCUCCAGGUCUUGGACCUGUCCUACUGGACAGCGGUUAAUCAUUGGUUUGUUUGGGGCAGUUUGGGGAUGUAUUUUAUUGUGACGUUCACCAUGCAGAGUGACGGACUGUACCAGCUUCACCCACCAUCCUUCCGUUUCGUAGGUACAUCUCGUAACUCUCUGGAUCAGUUCAGCGUUUGGCUGACGGUUUUCCUGACGGCCGUACUGUGUGUUCUACCAGUGCUGGUUCAUCGAUUCAUCUUCAUCCAGCUUAAACCCGCCAUCAACGACAAGGUGAGAUUUAAGGUCCAUCAGAAGAAAGACCAGCGUCCUUCCCCUCAGCGUCGGACCAAAAUCCGUCGCUCCAGCACCCGCCGCUCCGGCUACGCCUUCUCUCACGCACAGGGCUACGGUGACCUCGUGACCUCCAAACGGUUUCUAUGGUGA